GUAACAUUCAGUGUCUAUGGCACAAGCGCAAAAUGACUUUUGAGUGAGUAGGUGCCGAAGGAUUGCCAACGAUUGAAUUUAUUUUAUUUUGUGAUUGACCAUGUCAUUUUCGGAUUUGUACGCCAAAUAUAAUUGUACUUAUUGUCAGGAAGAAAUAAAUGGUAUUAGAGUAAGAUGUACAGAAUGCACAGAUUUUGAUAUUUGCCUGCAGUGUUUUUCUUUGGGUGCUGAAAUAGGAUCUCAUAAAAAUGACCACGCAUAUCAGUUUAUGGACUCAGGAGCAUUUGGAAUAUUCUUAGGUCGAAGUAGUUGGUCUGCAAAUGAGGAAGUAAGACUCUUAGAUGCAAUAGAACAAUUUGGUUUUGGUAAUUGGGAAGAUAUCGCCAAGCAUAUAGAAUCAAAAACACCGGAAGAGGCCAAAGACGAGUAUAUAACUCGGUACUUAGAAGGCAGUAUUGGACGAGCAACCUGGGGUAAUGUCGAGAGCACUAGCCGACCCACACUGUUGUGCGCAGACAGAGAUGAGGGCCCGCUCGGGCCUAGUGCAGUAUCCAGAUUGCCACAUCUGGCAGUGUCCCCUGAGGAGGCAACACAGCUUAGUUAUAUGCCCAAUAGAGAUGACUUUGAAAGGGAACAUGACCAUGAGGCCGAACAGCUGAUCUCAACUCUAUCCAUCAGCCCUGAAGAUGAUGAGUUGGAUGUUGCUCUAAAACUCUCCCAAGUGGAUCUAUAUACGCGUCGUCUGCGCGAGCGCACGCGGCGGAAGCGGCUGGUGCGCGACUACCAGCUGGUCUCAGUAUUCUUCAACAACCAAAGAAACAGACAGAAGCUGCUCUCCAAACUAGCCAAAGAGAAGAAGGAAUUCACCGAGCGCCUCCGCUGGACCGCGCAGUUCUACGGUCGCGCGGAGCACGCGGCCGUGGUGGGCGGGCUGUGGCGCGAGCGCGAGCUGCGCGUGCGCCUCGCCGAGCUGCACCGCUACCGCCUCGCCGGCGUCACGCGCCUCGAGGAGUGCGCGCACUACGAGCAGCACGCCGCGCAGCGCAAGCCCCACGCGCAGCACGACGGCAGCAGUGGGUGCCCGGACAACAGCCAGACAAAAGAGUCAACGCAGACGCUGCUGCAAAGAAAAAGAGACGGAGAAAGCGGCUCAAGUUCCACCAGCCCAAAGUGCACACGGGACGGAAAUACCGCAUGUGGAUGCUGCAGAAAGAGCUCAUGCAGCGGCGGCUGCUCGAAGCGGCUGCUGACAACUAACGAGAUACAGCUCUGCACCGCACUGAACCUGGCGCCCACCCAGUACGUGACCAUGAAGGGCGUCCUUUUACGGCGUCCCCCCGCACACGACUCCGACCUCGACCUAGCUGUGCGCCACUACCUUCAGCGGGCCGGCUGGGUCCACUAGAGUAAUAUACACAAACAUAUAUAAAUAUAGGAGACUGGGUCACUUGAUUUCUUCUUCAGUUUUUGGGCAGUAGACUGGAGGGAUUGGGCAAUAGAAUAGUCGAGCGCACCAAACAUUUGAGUGAAAUAUUACAGACUGAAACAAGUAAAUGUACAGGCUGAUUUCGCGAGUAUGCUUAAGGAUGGUAUUCCACCUGUUCAAUUUCUUUGUCUAAUGUGCAUUGCUUCUCGCUCUCUCAUUAAGCAAAAUGUGAAUGUGUGUGUGACGCAAAUACACAUUUCCAACAAGGUUGACAAUGUAUUAUGGAGUGGCGUUCAAAGGGUUGAAAACAUACGUGGGUCAGUCUAUACGCCGUUAUUGAGUUAAUCAUAGGUCAUAUGGGGAUGUGAGAUGCGUUACUAGCACACAAGCACACAUAACUAGUUGCUGACCCAAUAUCAGGGUUCCAUGUUUCACUUUUAUCGAACUGAAAUUUGAACAUUGUCAUAGUGACAUUAAGUCGAAUUUCAACUAUCUUGAAAAUGUAACAUAGAACCCUGUAAUAUUGGGCCAGCGUAGUGGUAAAGCGUCUAUAAAACCCGAUUCCCACCGGCUUAUUUAAAAAUAUAUUUAUGAAAGAAACAUUGCUUUGGUUUAUAUUCGGGUAUGUUUAACGCUUUACCAUUGGCAAUACAAAAAGUAUUUAUAGUUCUAAAUAGGGCGCGUUUAUACACCAUCUCAUUUUAGCAGGUAGCUGCAUCCUGUACAGAUGUAAAUAGAAAACUUGCGCUUAUUUGACGCAACUAGAGUACAAUUCUAGUUGCGUCAAAAAAAGAUACCCUAUUAAAAUUUAAAGCAUUAAUAAAAAUAUAGGUAUUUUUAUAACAUAUAAUAACCGUUUGCAAUUUACUGUAACUAUUUUAGCCCAAAAUUUCUUGCUGUGUAAUUAAUAUACGAAAUAUAGUUACACCUGUUAGUAUUAUACAAAAAUAUUCAGUUUCCGGAAAAUAUAACCGAAAAAAUUCAUAAAAAAUAUAAUUGUUCGUUCUUAGCAUGUAAAAAACAACACCAAAUAAAAAUUAUAAUAUAAGCCAGACCAGAAAUGCAAUAAUGUCUCGGAAACAGCAGUGGCCUCACUUUAAAUUUUAGUGCUGUAUAUAACUUGUACAUAGUAUUUAAAUAAAUCAUGAAUUGAGCAGUGUCUUGCUUCUAAACGCCGAUGUCUAUGCAUUUUAGGUUGGGGACAAAUCAAUUCUGUAAAUAUUUUUGUUUAAUUUUAUUAUUGGAUUGUUUCUAAAGUCAAACGUAAAUUAGGUAUUAUACUGAGAAUGUUGUCUUCAUCUUUUUUAGAGUUCCGUACCCAAAGGGUAAAAAUGGGACCCUAUUACUAAGACUCCGCUGUCCGUCUGUCCGUUUGUCUGUCUGUCACCAGGCUGUAUCUCAUGAACCGUGAUAGCUAGGCAGUUGAAAUUUUCAGAGAUGAUGUAUUCCUGUUGCCGAUAUAACAACAAAUACUAAAAACAGAAUAUAAUAAAUAUUUAAGUGGGGCAACCAUACCACUAACGUGUUUUUUUUGACGUUUUUUGCGUAAUGGUACGGAACCUUUCGUGCGCGAGUCCGACUCGCACUUGGCCGGUUUUUUUCCUUUUAACCAACUCCUUAAAAAAAGUACCUUGUACUUCUGUGCGACAUUUUUUUCUUACUUUCGGAUAUACCUAUAAUUAAGUACAUCCGGAUCGAAGCAAUAUGAGUCUUUUUUUAUAUAAUUAUUUUUAUAUUUUAUAGUUAUAAUCGUACAUCACGACAUACGUCACAUACGUGCAAAAUUUUACAUGGUAUUUGUGUGAAUUUGGUAUUUAAGACAUGUUAUUUAUGCUGUAUUGUUUUGCACUUUGUACUCUUGAUACCGAUAUAUCCGCACCGCAGGUCUAACGCCAAAGACGGAUUAAUCGGUCACAGACCACAGAGCAACAUAGACCUACGUGCAUAUGCAUAAAGUUCAAUUUCAGUUUUGACACUUCGGUGACGUGGCGUCCGAGUGACAGCUUUUGUGUUUGACACGGUGUCGAAAAGGUUAAUGGAUUAUUAUAAAUAUUUAUAAACCGUGGAUUUGUCCCUGGUCUACAGCUUAACACUGCCUCGGCGUCCUAUUAUUUAAAAUAGCUUGUAUGUAGAUUAUUUAAAUUAUAGUAAUACAAUGUUUCCAAUAUCUAUAGACCUGGGUGGCUUCGACCAUUAAAUUAAGUUGGUUUUUAUUAAAGUUAUAUUCG